UCCUGCUCAGGGUACAAGUGCACAUAGCGGGCGGUUUGGUGAAGUGUGCAUAUCCAUGACCUUCCUGAUGUGAAGCACGUCUCGUGUUCUCGUGUUGUUCCUGCCUCCUGAAAUGUCGGAGGAGAGGAGAUGGCAAAGAAUUCAAGAUAAACGGCUUCUCCAAUUUUGCUUUGUGCCACUUUACUGGGAACAAUGGUGAAGUAUUUCAGCUGUGCAGGAUCUCUUAAAGGCACAUGGGACCAAGUUUCUCAAGCGUUCUGGCAAAGAUACCCAAAUCCAUACAGUAAUCAUGUGUUGACAGAAGACAUCAUCUUUCGGGAGGUGACUCCUGAUAAUCGCCUCAUUUCCCGACGACUCUUGACCAAAACCAGCCGAGCGCCACGCUGGGCAGAAAAGUUUUUGCCCAGCCACAUGGCACGCAAGGCUUACGUCAUCGAGGACUCUAUAGUGGAUCCCCAGAAAAGGACCAUGGUCACUUUCACGUGGAACAUCAGCCAUGCACGUCUCAUGUCUGUGGAGGAGCGCUGUGUGUACACAGGCAGCCUUGACAACAGCAGCCUAACAGAGGUCAAGAGAGAAGCGUGGAUCUCCUCCAACCUCUACGGCUUUUCCAGAGCUGUUCAGGAAUUUGGCCUUGCCCGAUUUAAGAACAGUAUAGUAAAAACCAUGAAGGGAUUUGAAUAUGUCUUGGCCAAAAUGCAAGGUGAAACUCCGACAAGGACGCUGGCAGAGACAGCAACAGAAAAGGCUCGAGAGACGGCACUCGCCGCUAAAGAGAAGGCUAAAGACCUGGCCUCUCAAGCACAGAAAAAACAAUAUGUAUGAUGUAGAGACUUGGAUGAGGGCACCAUCUUUCUAAGCCUGUGCCUGAUUUCGCCUAUUGCACCCAUAUCCUCACUUAUGCCCUUCAAUAUUUUAUCACUAAGGUAAAUUUGCCUCAGUUGUGGAUACAUAAUCCCUUCAUGGCCCGCGUAGUCAGUAAUUACAUACGGUAUGGCUAUGUUCAGACAGGCAGCAGAAAUCCCAUUUUUAGAGUAUACUGUAUGAGCAGGAAACAUAUGAAAUCUUUUCCAAAUGGUUUCGAGCCACACUUACUUGUACAGAUUUCGGGACAUGCAGCAUGGAUUGUGAAGGAACGUAGACUGUGUAUAUAUACAACAAUUAGGGAGAAGCUCGCAUAACUGUAGUGCCUGCAGUGAAUCCUGCAAUGAUAACAGCAUUCAGCACCAUCGUUAGAUUUGAGUUGUGUCGUCUGCGCUGAAAAUGUGACAGAACAUUGCCGAUAUAUGAACCAUGAUCCUUGAUGUCUGUUUGCAAGGAAUUCCUGUAUGUAAAUACUAUUUUUUUUUUUUUUUUUUUUUUAAAGUAUUAAGUAUUGUGUAAUAUUUAUUUUCAAGGGCAGAAAAAGAUUCAGAUGUUUUAGAUCAAAUGUUUUACCCAACUUUCUAACUGGUCUGGACAGACAAAACGUAUUUGAUUAGGCUUACUUAGGGACUGUGGGAACACAUUUGGUCUAAAAUUUUAAUUUUUAAGAAAUAAAUCAGUUUUGUCCUACUGUCUGAACAUAGCCUAUAUGUUUCUGUUACUAUCUUUGUUUCCCCUUAUUAUUUUACAGAGUAUUUUAAAAUCCUUUUGUUCACUCUAUUUUCUUUUUUGAUUUUGAUUGAACGGUGAUUUUUCCGUUUGGUAAUAACGAAGAAUAUGAUCUCGGAAUCCUGGUUCAGCUGUGCCCUUGGUGGUAAACAAAAAAAAACACCUCUUUCUGUUUUGCUGUAUACAAUUUCAUUGCUUCAAAUUGAAGUGAUAUGAGUGUUGAUGGGGUCCACAUUACAAAGCAGUCAUUGCCUGUGUGUGCUGCACAACUAAAAAAAAAAAAGUGGAAGAUAGGAUUGCAGUAGAUGGCAAUGUCUGCGUAUAUGCUUGAAUCUUAGUGUUUAAAAUUAUACUGACUGGAAAAUGAAUCUUGAAAUAUAAAGUAAAAACUGUUAAUGUUGAAUCUGCAAAGCUCUUAAUUCAGUAGCAUUUGCUUACUGUCAAUAAAAGUUUUCUAUCAAA